UGUAACAGGGGCGCACAGAAGGGUGGGUUUCUCGCGGCUCGACUUCUGCUUCAUAAGAACUACGAGCUCUGUGUAUCCCAUGGGCAAGUCGCUUAUCUUUAGUUACUGAAUUAGUCCAGCUUCAUCUGUCCCAUGCUGGAUGAACCUUUCUGUAUCCGGUUUCCUACCAUAGUUACAUUUUCUGAAUGAACUCUGAAGCACUUAGCAAUGGAUAGGAAAAGUGCAAUAAGCUGGACUGCUUUCCUCCUCCUGUUUGGGAUGUUGAUGUCGACAUCUGCAAGAAGUUCACUGGGGCAUUACCCCAGGUUUUCACCAUUCUUUUUUCUGUGCACCCAUCAUGGGGAGCUGGAAGGAGAUGGGGGACAAGGAGAGGUGCUCAUCUCGCUCCGCAUAGCAGGAAACCCUUCAUAUUAUGUACCUGGGCAAGAAUAUCAUGUGACAAUAUCCACAAGUACCUACUUUGAUGGGCUGCUGGUAACAGGUCUGUACACAUCCACUGGCAUUCAGACUUCACAGCCUCAUGGAAGCAUGGGCUCGUUUGGAUUUGGUAUGAUGUCUGAACACCAGUUUGGUACUCAGUUUAUGUGCAGUGUAGUCGCAUCUCAUGUCAGCCAUCUUCCAACAAGCAGUCUCAGUUUUGUAUGGAUUGCUCCUCCAUCUGGUACAGGCUGUGUCAAUUUUAUGGCCACAGCAACACAGAGAGGCCAGAUCAUUUUCAAGGAUGCAUUAGCCCAGCAGUUAUGUGAACAGGGAGCUCCAACUGAAGUAGCAUUACGUCCCCAUUUGGCUGAAGUGCAUAGCAACCAUGUUAUUUUAAGAGAUGACUUCGAUUCCCACCAAGACCUAGAACUAAACCCAAAUAUUUGGUCUGAAUGCAAUAACUGUGAGGUGGGAGAACAGUGUGGUGUCAUCAUGCACAGACGUGCAAUUACAUUUUGUGAACCAUAUGGCCCAAGACAACUGACUACAGUUGCCCUAAACACAACAACAGCAUCUGUUCUCCAAUUCUCUAUUGGGUCAGGCACAUGCCGCUUCAGUUAUACUGAUCCCAGCAUCAUUGUGUCCUAUAACAAGAACGAUUCAGCAGAUUGGAUUCAGCUUGAGAAAAUCAGAGCUCCUUCAAAUACCACCACAGUGAUCCACAUUGUGUACCUUCCUCCAGAGGCCAAGGGUGAGAAUGUAAAAUUUCGCUGGAAGCAGGAGUAUUUGCAUGCCAGUGAGCUGUAUGAAGCAUGCUGGGCCUUGGACAAUAUUCUGAUCAUCAACGCUGCUCACAGGCAGAUUGUUCUGGAAGAUAAUCUGGAUCCUGUUGACACUGGCAACUGGCUCUUCUUUCCUGGGGCAACUGUAAAACAUAGCUGUCAGUCUGAUGGCAAUGCCAUUUACUUCCAUGGUACUGAAGGCAGUGAGUUCAGUUUUGUCACGUCUCGAGAUGUUGAUCUUUCGAGUGAGGAUAUCCAGGAACAAUGGGCAGAAGAGUUUGAAACUCAGCCUGUAGGGUGGGACAUCUCUGGAGCUGUCCCUAGCACUGAAUGUGGAUCACUGGAAUCUGGCUUUGCUCUUGUAUUUAUUGGAGAGGGAGAAAGGAAAAUGUGCACCCCAUACCUAGACACUACAGCAUCUGGAAAUUUGAGGUUUUAUUUCACUAUGGGCGGCGGAUCAUGUGACCCAGGAGACUCUCAUAACAAUGAUGUAACUCUUUAUGCAAAGACUGAGGGAAGAAAAGAACACAUCAUAUUAGACGUGCUUCCUUACUCAUCAUAUAAGAAACCAUCUUUAGUAUCCAUAGCUAUCAAUCCAGAGCUGCAGACUCCAGCAACAAAGUUUUGCUUGAAGCAAUUGAGUCAUCAAGGUUUAAACAAAAAUGUCUGGGUAGUGGACUACUUUCACCUCCUUCCUGUUAUACCUACAACAGAAUCUCACAUGAUACAGUUCUCUGUAAACCUCGGUUGUGGCUCUCACCAGCCUGGAAACAGCAUCAGUUUAGAAUUUUCAGCCAGUCAUGGCCGUUCGUGGUCAUUACUUCAUACUGAAUGUUUACCAGAGCUUUGCACUGGGCCACAUCUGCCACACAGUACCAUCUAUUCUUCAGAGAACUACAGCGGCUGGAGUCGAAUUACAAUCCCUCUUCCAAAUGCAGCACUGACUAAAGACACUCGGUUUCGAUGGAGGCAGACAGGAUCAGUUACUGGAAACAUGUGGGCAAUUGACAAUGUUUACAUUGGACCUUCAUGCCUAAAAUACUGUUCUGGUCGAGGCCAGUGUACUAGGAAUGGAUGCAAGUGUGACCCAGGCUUCUCAGGACCUGCAUGUGAGAUGGCAUCACAGACAUUUCCAAUGUUUAUUUCAGAAAGCUUCAGCAGCUCUCGUCUGUCGUCCUACCACAAUUUUCACUCUAUUAGAGGGGCAGAAGUUAGCUUUGACUGUGGGGUUUUAGCAAGUGGAAAGGCCUUAGUCUUUAACAAAGAUGGAAAGCGUCAUGUCAUCACUUCAUUUCUUGACAGCACUUUAUCAAGAUUCCUGCAGUUUACUUUACGCUUGGGAAGUAAAAGUGUUUUAAGCAGCUGCAGAUCCCCUGAUCAGCCUGGCGAAGGAGUCCUAUUGCAUUAUUCCUAUGAUAAUGGAAUCACAUGGAAAUUACUGGAGCACUAUUCCUUCCUGAACUACCAUGAGCCAAGAAUUGUUUCAGUAGAGCUACCAGAAGAUGCAAGACGUUUUGGCAUACAGUUCCGCUGGUGGCAGCCAUAUCAUUCUGGUCAAGGAGAAGAUGUCUGGGCCGUGGAUGAGAUCAUUAUGACAUCUGUGCUGUAUAACACAAUUAGCCUUGACUUUACCAACCUUGUGGAAGUGACUCAGUCCCUAGGGUUCUAUCUUGGAAAUGUGCAGCCUUAUUGUGAGCAUGACUGGACCCUUUGCUUUACAGGAGACUCUAACCUGGGGUCCAGUAUGCGGUAUGUGGAAACCCAGUCGAUGCAAAUUGGAGCUUCUUAUAUGAUACAGUUUGAACUGGUUAUGGGCUGCGGCCAGCAGUUCACUCCUCACAUGGAUAACCAAGUGUACCUGGAGUAUUCUACUAAUCAUGGCCUUACCUGGCAUCUUAUUAAAGAGGAGUGCCUUCCCAGCAUGCCAAGCUGCCAAGAAUUCACAUCUGCUAGUGUGUAUCAUUACAGCGAGUUUAUGCAGUGGAGGAGAGUGACAGUACCACUGCCACAGAAGACAUGGUCCAGUGCAACUCGUUUUCGCUGGAGUCAGAGUUACUACACAGCUCAAGAUGAGUGGGCUCUGGACAAUAUUUAUAUUGGGCAACAGUGUCCAACCAUGUGCAGUGGUCAUGGCUGGUGUGAUGAUGGCCUUUGCAGGUGUGAUCAAGGCUACCAAGGUGUUGAUUGUAUGUCAGAGGCCCCUCUCAGUUCCAAUGUCAUGUCUGAUUUUGAAAGUCCAGUUGCUUUAUUUAGUGAAUGGCAAGAAGUCAUUGGAGGAGAAAUUGUGAGCCCAGAACAAGGAUGUGGAAUAAUUUCUUCAGGAUCUUCUUUGUAUUUUAACAAGGAUGGAAGAAGAAAGUUAAUAAGCUGGGAUCUGGACACUGCUUGGGUAGACUUUGUCCAGUUCUACAUUCAGAUCGGUGGCGAUACUGCUUCCUGUAACAAGCCAGACAGCAGAGAAGAGGGCAUUUUGCUACAGUUCAGCAACAAUGGUGGCAUUAUUUGGCAUCUCCUGGCAGAAAUGUACUUCUCAGACUACAGUAAACCUAGAUUUGUAUAUCUUGAGCUUCCUAUGUCUGCAAGAACUCCUUCUACCAGGUUCCGCUGGUGGCAGCCAAACCAUUCUGGUCAAGGGUACGAUCAAUGGGCCAUUGAUGAUAUUAUCAUUUUAUCAGAAAGAGAAAAACAGAUUAUACCUGUGACCUACCCUACACUACCUCAGAACUUCUAUGAGAGACCUGCAUUUGACUACCCUCUGAACCAGUAUAGUGUAUGGCUGAUGCUGGCUAAUGAAGGAAUGCCAAAAAAUGAGAGCUUCUGUUCCCCAACACCAUCAUCCAUGAUGUUUGGUAAAUCAGAUGGAGACAGGUUUGCCGUGACCAGAGAUUUGUCUUUGAAGUCAGCAUAUUCACUUCAGUUCAAGUUGAAUAUAGCUUGUGCAAGUCAGUUCAGCAGCUCAGCUCCUGUAGCCCUUCAGUAUUCUCAUGAUGCUGGUCGAUCAUGGUCACUGGUCAAGGAAGGUUGCUAUCCAGCCUCACCUGGUAUCAAAGAAUGUGAAGGAAGUUCCAGAGAAAUAAGGGAGCCGACACUGUACCAUGUCGGUGAAUUUGAACAGUGGACAAGGAUUACAGUCGUUGUACCAAGAUCAGUUGCUCUUGGGAAGACCCGGUUCCGCUGGAUUCAGGAGAGUAGUUCUCAUAAGAAUGUGCCUUCUUUUGGUCUAGAUGGAGUUUACAUAUCUGAACCAUGUCCCAACUACUGCAGUGGACAUGGAGAUUGUGUGUCUGGAGUCUGUUUCUGUGACUUAGGUUACAAAGCUGAGCAUGGAACAUGUGUGCCUAAUUCACCUAAUCCAGGAGAGAUGUUUGAUAGAUUUGAAGGAAAGCUUAGCCCUCUAUGGUAUAAAAUCACUGGAGGUCAGGCUGGCACAGGAUGUGAGACACUUAGUGAUGGGAAGUCGUUAUACUUUUAUGGACCAGGAAAGAGAGAAGCUAGAACCGUCUCUUUGGAUACAACAAAUACGAGACUGGUUCAGUUUUAUAUUCGAAUAGGAAGCAAAGAUCUUGGUCUGUCAUGCAGCAAGCCAAGAGCCCGAAAUGAAGGAGUUGUUGUGCAGUACUCAAAGGACAAUGGAAUAAGGUGGCAUCUGCUGCGAGAACUUGACUUCAUGUCUUUCCUGGAACCACAGAUAAUUACAAUAGAACUUCCCCCAGAGGCCAAAACACCUGCUACUUCUUUCCGAUGGUGGCAGCCACAGCAUGGGAAGCAUUCAGCACAGUGGGCUUUAGAUGAUGUUCUGAUAGGAAUGAAUGACAGCUCUCGAAAUGGAUUUCAGGAUAAGUUUGGUGAUUCUGAAGAUCUACAGACCAACUGGUACAGAAUCCAAGGUGGCCAAAUCAGUGUUGACUGCCUCUCCAUGGAUACAGCCCUUGUGUUCAAUGAAAAUAUAGGUAAACCCCGUUAUGCAGAAACAUGGGAUUUUCAAGUAACUGGUUCUUCUUUCCUUCAAUUUGAAAUGAAUAUGGGAUGCAGUCAGCCUUUCUCUGACUCCUACAGUGUUCAGCUUCAAUACUCUCUAAAUACAGGGAAGAACUGGCACUUACUCACUGAAGAGUGUGUCCCUCCUACGAUUGGCUGCCUACAUUACACAGAAAGCUCUGUGUACACCUCACAGAGAUUCCAGAACUGGAAACGAGUCACUGUUUACCUCCCACCGACGACAGUUUCAUCUCGAACACGCUUUAGAUGGAUUCAGAAUGAUUACUCCCCAAAUGGCAGUUUUUGGGCUAUUGACAAUGUUGUCCUGGCAUCAGAAUGUCCCUGGAUGUGCUCUGGUCAUGGAGUUUGUGACACCAACCGUUGCAUCUGCGAUAGAGGCUUUGGUGGUCCUUAUUGUGUUCCCACUGCGCCCUUACCCUCGAUUCUGAAAGAUGACUUUAAUGGUAACCUGCAUCCUGAUAUCUGGCCAGAGGUUUAUGGAGCUGAGAGGGGCAAUCUGAAUGCUGAAACAAUAAAAUCAGGAACAGCACUCAUCUUUAAAGAGGAGGGACUUCGCAUGCUUGUCUGCAGAGACCUAGACUGUACCAGCACAUUGUAUAUUCAAUUUUCACUGAAAUUUAUAGCAAAAGGUACUCCUGAUAGGUCCCAUUCCAUUCUUCUCCAGUACUCCAUUAAUGGUGGUAUUACCUGGCAGCUCAUAGAUGAGUUCUACUUCCCACAAAGCACUGAUGUCCUCUUCAUUAAUAUUCCACUGCCAUAUACUGCACAGACAAAUGCUACCCGAUUCCGUCUUUGGCAGCCUUAUAAUAGUGGAAAAAAAGAAGACAUCUGGAUAAUAGAUGAUUUCAUAAUCAAUGGUAAUAACCCAAGGACUCCUAGUAUUGUUCUGGAUACAUUCGAUCUUGGACCUAAAGAUGACAAUUGGCUGUUCUACCCUGGUGGCAACAUUGGACUGUACUGCCCAUAUUCAUCAAAGAGUGCUCCGGAAGAAGAUUCUGCCAUGGUGUUUGUAUCCAAUGAAGUUGGAGAACAUUCCAUAACUACAAGGGAUUUGGAUGUCAAUGAAAACACAAUCAUCCAGUUUGAGAUCAAUGUCGGAUGUGCCACUGACAGUUCAGCCACAGAUCCAGUCAGACUAGAAUUCUCUCGGGAUUUUGGGGCAACGUGGCAUUUGCUUCUCCCACUCUGUUACAGCAGCAGUAGUUACAUCAGUUCUCUGUGUUCCACAGAGCACCAUCCCAGCAGCUCUUACUAUGCAGGUACCACUCAAGGGUGGAGAAGGGAGGUCAUUCACUUUGGAAAACUACACUUGUGUGGCUCUGUAAGGUUUCGCUGGUACCAAGGAUUCUACCACACAGGUUCUCAGCCAGUAACUUGGGCAAUUGAUAAUGUCUACAUUGGGCCACAGUGUGAGGACAUGUGUAAUGGACAUGGUAGCUGCAUCAAUGGAACCAAGUGUCUUUGUGAUCGUGGCUACUCAGGACCUACCUGCAAAAUCAGCACUAAGAAAAACCCUAACUUCCUGAAGAAAGACUUUGAAGGUCAGGUAGAAGAAGAUAUGUUUUUGCUUAUCAGUGGAGGAAAACCUUCCAGAAAAUGUGGAAUCAUGUCCAGUGGAAACAACCUCUUCUUUAGUGAAGAAGGCAUACGUAUGUUAAUGACAGAAGACUUGGACCUUUCAAAUGCUAGAUUUGUGCAGUUUUUCUUACGUUUGGGAUGUGGUAAAGCAGCACCUGACCCAAGAAGUCAACCUGUGUUGUUACAGUAUUCUCUCAAUGGUGGUCUGACAUGGAGUCUACUUCAAGAAUUCUUGUACAGUAACUCAAGUAACACGGGCAGAUACAUUGCCCUAGAAAUUCCACUGAAGGCACGAUCAAGUUCCACAAGGCUGCGAUGGUGGCAACCAUCUGAAACUGGGCAUUUUUAUAGCCCCUGGGUAAUUGACCAAAUUGUGAUUGGUGGAAGCAUCACUGGCAAUUCUGUUCUAGAAGAUGACUUUACUGAAUUAGAUAGCAGAAAAUGGCUGCUACAUCCUGGUGGUACAAAGAUGCCAGUAUGUGCUUCAUCUGGGGAUGCACUUGUGUUUAUUGAAAAAGCAACUACCCGCUAUGUUGUGAGCACAGAUGUUAUGGUAAACGAAGACUCGUUCAUUCAGUUUAAUUUUGCAGCAUCCUGCUCUGUCACUAAUUCAUGUUAUGCUAUUGAGUUGGAAUAUUCAGUAGACCUUGGAAUGACGUGGCAGCCAUUGCUGAGAGACUGCCUUCCAAGCAACAUGGAAUGCAGUAAAUACCUUAUACAACGGACACUAGUGUCUGACACAUUCAAUAAGUGGACCAGAUUCACCAUGCCACUGCCACCUUACACAAGGUCUCAGGCAACUCGUUUCCGAUGGUAUCAGCCAGCUCCAUUUGACAAGCAGCAGACUUGGGCUAUUGAUGAUGUUUACAUUGGAGACGGUUGUGUGGACAUGUGCAGUGGACAUGGGACAUGCACACAAGGAAACUGCAUCUGUGACAACAACUGGGGUGGAUUAUACUGUGAUGAGCCUGAAACACCAUUGCCUGUACAGCUGAAAGACAAUUUUAACCGUGCUCCUUCUAAUCAGAACUGGCUGAUAGUAAAUGGAGGCAAACUGAACACAGUUUGUGGAGCCGUGGCUUCUGGGAUGGCAUUGCACUUCAGUGGGAGUUGCAGCCGCAUGUUGGUUACAGUGGAUCUGAACCUCACUAAUGCAGAAUUUAUCCAGUUCUACUUCAUGUAUGGUUGCCUGACAAGCCCCACUACCCGAAAUCAAGGAGUUUUGCUGGAGUAUUCAAUCAAUGGAGGCAUCACAUGGAACCUACUCAUGGAAAUUUUCUAUGAUCAGUACAAUAAGCCUGUGUUUUUAAAUAUUCUUUUACCAUCUGAAGCCAAAGCAGUUGGAACUCGUUUCCGUUGGUGGCAGCCAAGACAUGACGGGUUGGAUCAGAAUGACUGGGCUAUUGACAAUGUGUUGAUAUCUGGCUCAGCAGACCAAAGGACAGUGAUGCUGGAUACGUUCAGCAGCACUCCAGUUCCACAGCAUGAACGCAUUCCUGCUGAUGCUGGCCCAGUGGGAAGAAUCGCAUAUGACAAGUUCAUAGAGGACAAAGCCACAGUAAAUGAACAAUGGCUCUUCCACGAUGAUUGCACUGUUGAAAAAUUCUGUGAUUCACUUGAUGGAGUUAUGAUGUGUGGUAGUCAUGAUGGUCGAGAAGUGUAUGCUGUGACCCAUGAUCUGACUCCAACAGAAGGAUGGAUUAUACAGUUCAAGAUUGCUGUUGGCUGUAAAACAUUAGAAAAAGUCACACAAAAUCAAGUCCACAUACAGUACUCCAUCGAUUAUGGUGUCACUUGGUACUACCUGAUUCCUCAGUGCCUUCCUGCUGAUCCACAGUGUGGUGGGAUCGUUUCACAACCUUCAGUGUUUUUCCCCAGCAAAGGAUGGAAAAGAGUGACAUAUACAUUGCCUGAAACUUUGAUUGGCAACCCUGUCCGUUUCAGGUUCUAUCAGAUGUAUUCUGACAUCCACUGGGCUAUUGAUAACUUUUAUAUUGGACCCAGCUGUCCAGACAACUGUGGAGGCCAUGGAGAUUGCCUGAAAGAGCAAUGUGUUUGUGAUCCCGGGUUUUCAGGCAUAAACUGCUACCUCACUCAGCCCCUGAAGACCUUUUUAAAAGAACGCUUUGAUAGUGAAGAAGUGAAAGCUGACUUGUGGACAUCUGUUGAAGGUGGGAAGCCCUGCACUGAUUGUGGAGUUCUUGUAGAAGAUAAAGCACUGUAUUUUGGUGGCAGUGCCAUGAGACAGGUGGUCACCAUUGACCUGGACCUUAGAGGUGCAAAAUUUGUGCAGUACUGGGCAAGAAUCGGAAGUGAAAACAAUACAACUUCAUGUCAUCGACCAUCUUGCAGAAAGGAAGGAGUCUUACUGGAUUUUUCUAUUGAUGGAGGUAUUUCAUGGGAUUUGCUUCAUGAACUGGAUUACCAAAAGUAUACUUCAGUCCGUUAUGACUAUAUUCUCUUACCUCAACGUGCUCAAUCCAAUACAACACGACUACGCUGGUGGCAGCCUUUCACUGUAGCCAAUGGAGUUGUAAAGCCAGAUUCCGAUCGUGCUCAGUGGGCUUUAGAGAACAUUCUAAUUGGUGGAGCAGAAAUUAAUCCCAGUCAGCUGGUGGACACAUUUGAUGAUGAAGGAUUGUCUCAUGAUGAGAACUGGAGUUUCUAUCCCAAUGCAGUGCGGACUGCAGGAUUCUGUGGUAACCCAUCAUUCCAUCUCUACUGGCCAAAUAAGAAGCAGGACAAGGCACACAACAUCCUGUCCACCAGGGAACUCAUUGUUCAACCAGGAUACAUGUUGCAAUUCAAAAUUGUAGUUGGCUGUGAUGUUGAUUCCUGUGGGGAUCUCCACUCUGUACAUCUGGAAUACACUAAAGAUGCAAGGACAGAGACAUGGUAUCUGAUUCAGGCAGAAUGUCUUCCAUCAUCUUCUAAUAAUGUCGGCUGCUCACCCUUCCAGUUUCAUGAGGCUACAAUAUAUAGCUCUGUCAACAGCUCUUCCUGGAAAAGGAUAACCAUCCAGCUGCCUGAUCAUAUCUCAUCUAGUGCUACACAAUUCCGUUGGAUUCAGAGGGAAGGCGGUGAAGAAAAGCAGAGCUGGGGAAUCGAUCACGUUUACAUUGGUGAGGCCUGUCCUAAGUUCUGCAGUGGCCAUGGUUAUUGUACAACUGGAGCUGUCUGCAUUUGUGAUGAAGGAUUUCAAGGUGCAGACUGCUCUGUGUUUGACAGUGAUCUCCCCAGUUUUAUUAAGGAUAACUUUGAGUUGGAGAAGUCAACAGAAGCAAAUUGGCAAGUAAUUCAAGGAGGAGGCAUCGGAAAUGGAUGUGGUCAGCUGGCUCCAUAUGCCCAUGGUGAUUCACUUUACUUUAAUGGCUGCCAAAUGAGACAAGCUAUCACAAAGCCACUUGAUCUCACAAGAGCAAGCAAAAUCAUGUUUGUCCUUCAAAUUGGUAGCAUGUCCCAAACAGACAGUUGCAAUGCCGACUUAAGUGUUGCUAACGCUGUAGACAAGGCGGUUUUACUGCAGUACAGUGUGAAUAACGGAAUUACGUGGAAUGUGAUUGCUCAGCAUCAGCCGAAGGACUUCAGACAGGCUCAGAGGGUCUCCUAUAAUAUCCCACUGGAGGCCAGAGUCAAAGGAGUGCUGUUACGCUGGUGGCAACCUCGUCAUAAUGGAACAGGUCAUGACCAGUGGGCUUUGGAUCAUGUAGAGGUUGUUCUGCUAAGCACUCGAAAACAAAAUUACAUGAUGAAUUUUUCACGGCAACAUGGGCCAAGACAAUUCUACAGCCGAAGGCGAAGGUCUCUAAGGCGACACCCAUGAGGGAAAGACAAUGCGCUAUUGUUCCAGUUCGACAUCUGUGCGUUGUAUUUCAUUCUUCUGAAGCUAAUGUGACAUCAGCUAGACUGAGACUUAAAAACAAGCUUAACUGAACAACCCAAAAGCCUUUUCUCAAUCCUGAGGGGUCACCAAUUUUUUUUCACACUGUGAAUAAAUGAGAAGUGGCUUAUAUUGUCAUACAAUAGGUGACUGUUUUACUGGUAAUGUGUUUGUAAAACUUGUGAGCUGUUGUAAUAUGAGUUACCUUGGCAGUAUUGUAAUAAAUCUGUAUAACAGCAAUUAAUGCCUAAAACACAACAGAGAUAUCUAUGUGUAAAAAUUUACAAGCAGCUAACAUAGUAUUUAUCAUUACUUGUCACAUAAAUAUUUAAGUGCACUGUGUUUUAAAGGUAUCUUGUUUUAAUUGAUUAAGUUAUCAGUGUUUGUCUUUUUUAUGUAAUAUUCUUUGAUAUGGCAGACUGCAACUGUAUGUAUUUUUUAUUCUGGUGUUUUUAUGCUGCUCUGAGUCCCUAGUGUGUGUAUAUUAUGUCUGACUGUAUUCAAGCAAGGGGUACAUGAAUUAAAUGGCCAUUAAAAUGCAACUGUAGUAAAUGGGUUUUGACUGAAGCAUGGCAACUGCAAAACUAACCAGGACAUUUAAAAUAUAACCCCUCUAUAGAGCACAACAUAGGAUUGCCCAGCAGGGUAAACUUUUUAAAUUUUAGAAUAUUUUUAAUCGAUUUAAUAGCAUUACUCAUCAUUUCAGUGUCAGUGGCAAUACUGUGGGCUAUAAUCAAUCAGUGUUUCAUGGUAUUUUAUUUGUGGCUGGUUUUUAUUGCGGGUCACGUUUCUGUCUUCUGAUAACAUUUUCUAUACACCAGCAGCAUUAUAAUGGUCAUAUAUUGCCCAUUAUCAUCAAACUGGGUGUUUCACAGUAUUGUGAACUAAGAAUAAAAAUCAGUGCUUCAACAUAA